GAAUCGCGAGCAUAGCGAACUACCAGUAUAAAGAAGGCAUCACCUUGUCAGUGUCAACACUACCUUCCAAAUCUAAAUAAUCGUUAUGUUGCUGUGGGAUGAAAUGGAGCGUAAAUGAAAUGUACACACUAAAUAAAACACCGAGAACCAAAUGAAGGGCUGCUAUUUAUCCAUCAAAACGUGUGUCAAUAUAUUGCUAAAAGGGGCACAUGAUUAAAAUGGAGCUUCUAUUGGAGCUCAAGCGAGCUGACAAUAGACAAGUGUGUUGUUUUACUUACUAAACGCUCGUCAUUGACAACUUCAAUAUUAUCAUACUGUUGGCUGAAGGCCUUCUAGCCUCUCAUUAUACGUUAGGGCUUUAUUUAACUAUUUGCUGGGUGUGGAGGGUAAAAAAACCAUAAGCACUGUUUGACAACCGACGACUCAGAUGCCAGGUCCUUAAACAUGUACAUCACGGUGCGUUUCGGUGACCAGGAACAAGCACUAUUCAACCCGCACUGUCGCAUUAUAUCACUGGUGAAUGAGAUUAAAGCCAAGUGUCGAUGCGAAGACGUUGACAUAGACCUGUGUGAUGAGUCUGGGAACGUGAAGCACCUGGGGCACCAGGCACAGUUUAAGUUUGCCAGCGACCUUCUUGUUGACAGAGAAACCUACAUUUUAAUAAAAGUGGAAAGAAAAGAUGGCGACCCCCAGUAUCUUCCACUUCUGCAAGCAGACGACGAGACGCUCUCGGAAGCGUUUUUCGCACGCCUCUCCAGCAAGGACGACGAGUUGAAGGUGUAUGGGAGGCGAGGGCGUGCGGCGUCUCGAGACGUCAGGCGUGGGUCGAAGGAAUACCUUAAACUUAAGCAGCUUGGUGACAAAAGCAGCGUGAAAUCUAAGUCUCCUACGCAAACCAGGACCAAGUCAAGACAAAGCAGUAAAUAGAUGAAAGUACAUCGAUACAAAGGACCUGGGCCUUUUACAUCGACUGAAGUUGGUUAUUCUAUUACAACGCCAUGUAAAAUGCUACGCAUCAUUUUUCAUUUUCUUUUUAGAAUUUUUAAAAUGCAAGAUCUUAUGCUUACGUAUACAGAACUGACGCAAGCCAGACUUUCAGCGUUAAGUUGCCUCAUUACUUGACAAAAAUAACUCUUGCUCAAAACUAUUAAAAAAUAAACUACGCAAUUGAAAAACAGAAAAAGUAUGCCUAUUUUCAUAUAUUAAUAAUCAAGGGAGAUGCUUUUAUGAUUUAAGUAUGAGCACCACGUCAAAUAUCAACCCAAGGUUGAUUGUACUCGUUGGAUACACAUUUCUCGUUACGUUAAAAUCACAUUACCAUCUGCCAUUUUUACACUUAAAAAG